UUAUUUCAGAACGCCGGCGCCGGUGAGUCAUCUCCUCUCGGACUCUCAACGUGCUAACGCCUGCCUACAGUUGCAAUAGUACAUCUUUGGUGUCAAGACUUUCACCCUUAUUGCCCGACAGGAUUGAGAUGUUACAUUUUAGGGCUUCGGCAGUGCCUAAGGAGUUUUUCAACGCCACCCUCAAGUGUGUCUUGCCCUGUUCUAGACAGAAGAGCUGGUUCCCCUCCCGCCGCAGUUCCUUCGGCGCCGCCUCAGUUCGUGCCCGAGCUGUGGGUCCUCAUCUGAAGGUCCUCCAUGCCGCUCCCAGCCGGUCGACGCUCCGCACCGGGCCCAGUGCCGCCCCUGUCCGCUACUACUGCGUGAAAACUGAAGGGGCCGUGGAGCUGGAUGAGCAUUUGAAAAAGGAUGGAGUCGGCAGCGAAGAUAAGAGGAGAAAUCCAGGGAUUCUCCCCAGUCUGGAGGAUUUGCUCUUCUACACCGUCGCAGAAGGUCAAGAAAAGAUUCCUGCUCAUAAAUUUCUGACAGCACUUAAAACCACAGGGCUUCGCACAGGAGAUCCCCGGCUGAAAGAAUGUAUGGAAACGCUAAAGGAAACUCUGAAGAAGACGUCAGAUGGUGUAACUCUGGACAGGCAACAGUUUAAGAAGUGUGUCCAGAGCAACAUUGUCCUGCUCACUCAGGCCUUCCGCAAGAAGUUUGUCAUCCCAGACUUCCAGUCCUUCACCUCCCAUAUUGAUGAGCUGUAUGAGAAUGCCAAAAAACUCACAGGAGGGCAGGUUGCAGACUACAUUCCUCAGCUUGCCAAAUUCAGCCCUGACCUGUGGGCUGUGUCUCUGUGCACGGUUGAUGGACAGAGACACACAGUCGGAGACACAAAGGUUCCGUUCUGCCUGCAGUCCUGCGUCAAGCCUCUGAAGUAUGCUGUCGCGGUGCACGACCACAGCACAGAGUAUGUGCACAGUUUCAUUGGGAAGGAGCCCAGUGGCCUGCGCUUCAACAAGCUUUUCCUGAAUGAAGACGAUAAGCCACACAACCCCAUGGUAAAUGCUGGCGCUAUCGUUUGUACUUCACUGAUAAAGCAAGGUGCAAGCAAUGCCGAAAAAUUUGACUACGUUGUGAACUUUCUGAAGAGGAUGGCAGGAACUGAGUAUGUGGGUUUCAGCAAUGCCACGUUUCAAUCCGAGCGUGAGUCAGGGGACAGGAACUUCGCCAUUGGAUACUACUUGAAAGAAAAAAAGUGUUUUCCAGAGGGGACAGACAUGACGUCAGUAUUGGACUUUUACUUUCAGCUGUGCUCGAUCGAGGUGACGUGUGAGAGCGCUAGCGUCAUGGCAGCCACCCUGGCUAACGGCGGUAUCUGUCCCAUUACGGGUGAACGUGUGCUGAGCCCCGAGGCCGUGAGGAACACCCUGAGCCUGAUGCACUCCUGCGGCAUGUAUGAUUUCUCAGGACAGUUUGCCUUCCAUGUUGGUUUGCCAGCCAAGUCUGGGGUAGCAGGGGGAAUCCUGCUGGUCGUGCCCAACGUGAUGGGCGUUAUGUGCUGGUCGCCUCCUCUCGACAAACUGGGCAACUCCGUUAGAGGGAUCCAGUUCUGCACGGACCUUGUGGAGCUUUUUAACUUCCACAACUACGACAACCUGAGGCACUUUGCCAAGAAGCACGACCCUCGCAGAGAAGGAGGAGACCAGCGGCAACAAUCCUAUGGACCCAUGGAUUACGAGAGCCUCCAACAAGAGCUAGCUCUGAAAGCCCCUCUUUGGAAAAAGGUGUCCCCCACUGAGUCGCACCAGGACAGCUCCACCACUGUAGUCUAUAGGAUGGACAAUGUUGGCAAGUGAAACUCAGAAGAAAAAUAAAGGAGACGUGUUCGUCCCCCACAUCCACUCCCAAUCUUUCCAAACCUCCCACAAAUACCACCAUCAUCUUUCCUCCACUUGCAGUAUUUAUAUAUAAAUUAUGAAUGAGGAUUAUUUAUUACUUGGGAAGAAAGUUACUUUGUGAAUUGACUGGUAAUUUAAAUUUGUGAUGGAAAAUGAAUUUGUACUUGUUUUGCUCUGAAUUCCAAAUGACCUCUUAGCCUCCAGCUGCUUGUUGCCUUAGCAUGUGUAGGACCUGAUGCACGGUCACACAGUUCUGCUCUUUUUUCAUCUCCACCUUUUAUUAUACUGCUGUUUUGUCUACAUAAGACAGAAUCCCUUUAAGAUGUAGCCUAAGUGGCUUGACUCUGCUCGUGCACAGCGGUGGUACAGUCAACCUUAGGACUGGUUGAGUGACUGCUUCUGUCGCUGCGGCUCUAGCCGGUCUAAGACACCACCCGAGACCAGUUGCACAAGCAAACAAAGAAGUGAGAUGUCUGAAACCACACGCUGCAGGUUUUUUAUGGGAUCCACUGGACUUUUUUGGGCCACUGCGAUGCUGUAGGGGGUUUCUGGUGUUGCCCCUCGCAGUUUGAGUGGAUCAGUUCUCACUGAACCACCGGCAACUGUGUGGUUUAUGGGCUUCGCUCCCAACUUCUUACUCUGCUUUACUCUGGACACAAUGAUACACUGGUAUAAAGGUCACGAACAUGAUGCUAAGUGCUGCUGCCUGAAACGUGCCUGUAACUCAGAGUCAAGACAUUUUAUUUAUAUUUCUAUAUAUUUACAUUAAUCUCUUGAGGUGUGACAGGGCUCCUCCUUAUGGCAGAUUUUAUUUGAUAGUACAUUUCAGAUGAUGAUGAUUGUUGUGUUGCUGCCUCAGGCUGUGACUUGUUCUUCGUAUGAGAUGGUGAGCAGCCACCCUGACUGGGUCCUGUCAGGGGUUUUCAUGUUGGUUCCCUGCCUGUAGUGCUGUGAAACAUUUAGCGUGUUUCACUGUGGACUAUCGAGAUGUCUCCUUAAUCACAACAUGAAAUCACCCUAAAGGCUCUGCUCACUCCUGUUCAUCCACAAUCAUUUGUAGUUUUCUAUAUGCAUCUAAUACAAAAGUAAUGCAGGAGGAGAGUUAGUAGAAAACAAGUUCUUUAUGUGAUGUUUAUGUUAUGAAAUUCUGGCCCUCAUUAAAAGCAGCAGGUAAAUUGUAGGACACAAAUAAUCAUAAAUAAAUAAUUUUUUACAUUUAAUAACAGAUUGCGUAAUAAUUGCACAUGCUGUAUUUUGCCAGCAGUAUAUUAAUCUGCAUUUGAUUCUCAUUUUACAACUGUAGUUUUUCUAUUUCUUUCGAUGAGAAACUAAAACUGCAGUUUUAGUUAAUAUGAUCAAACUGCGUAUUCAAUCAAAGUAUGUGUGACGUGAGCGAGUGUCAGACGUUAAUGCAGUAUGAUUCCAGUAUUGUUCUUGAGAUCCCAAAGUGUUACUGUUCCAUGAAGGUUCUACAUGUUUGUUUUCAUUUACAUGCAGUGAAUUACUGCAUGUAAAUACGUAGGUAUUUACAUAUGUCAUUAAAUAUGUAGGUACGUCAUUUAAAGCCUCUGUCAUUCGCACGUGUAUACAAAAACAAAAAACACUUUUCCACAGGAAGAUCAGCGAUGGCUCACUUUACAUUGGCUGCAGUGUGGCCAAAGGGUUGUAACAGGUUGUUUAUCUUGAUAGUUCAUCAUUCCCAGUUUGAUGCAGGAAACGUGAGCGGAGCAGCAUCACUACAUUUAAAAUCAGGUCUUAGUGUGAGCUGAUGCUGGUGUAGUCCUCCUCUCUUGCUGGAUUCAUAUGAUUCCCCGAACAAAGAGGUGAGCUCACAAACGCAGGCUGCAUCACUCCGGUUGUCUCAAGUGGGAGCGUUGGGAUCUAGGGCCUCAUCUCAGGCAUCAGCAUCACUGCGUUUUCCUCGUGUCUAGGCCCUAUUUGCUGCUUCUGAGUUGUUUAGCCUUGUGACCCUGCACCCGAGUUGUUAUUAAAGGCCUAUGAACUGUAUUACUUGAAGUUUGCUCUCAUUCAUCACACUGAAUAUUAAUGUGUGUAAUCAUAAUAGACGGCUCCUGAAUGCAGGUUCAUGUAUUUCCACUGAGAUCUUGUAACUGAUCCCACUCAUGUAUGUGACUUUUUCUGUCUCAUUUUCCAUGUUGUAUUCGUAUUUGUGAUGUCUGAUAUAAUAAAAGUCUCCUUAGUCACAGACAUCAUGUGAUUUAGCUUCACUGAAUUCCUUUGACAUGCUUUCAUAUAAACGUCUGUCACUCCCAUUUGCUGACCUUGGAACUGUAGGGUUUUCCAAUGUUUAAUAUCAGUAAUAUCAUCAAUUAAUUAAUAUUCAUAAUAUUAUAUGAUAGAAUAGAAUAAUUAAUAUGAUCAAUUUCAGUUUUUAAGUAUCUCUUCUUAGGAAAGAAUUUAGGAUAUUAUUGGUCAAAAAGAAUGAGAAAAAAUACAUUAAAAUGUUUGGAAAGGUUUUCAUAUUUUAAGCAUACUAUCCAAAAAGGCAAGACUCCCGGAGUAGAUGAGACUGUACAGUUCCAUGGUCAAUUGCGUUUUUUAUUUUUAUUUUUUUAUUUACAUGGUUGUAACUCAUAAACUGUCCUGUCUGCUCAGAGGAGGAGACGCCACUAAGAUAUCACCUGGUCUUCUUCCAUUUCUAAAAUACUAGUGUGUCGAGUUUUAUGUUUGACUUGCAGACAUGACAGUUAAGUGAUUUAUGUUGCCUUCAUGUUCCAUGUGUAAAAUCCAAUAAAAUCCUGUUGUGAAACAUC